AUGCCUACGUUCUCUGUGAUGUAUAAAGGAGCUGUCAUGAUAAGCAGGACACUGAUGGGUCCGUAUGGAGUAGAUCGAGCUGUACAUUCCAUGGAAUUCACCGACUGUGAGAAUGGAUUAGGAAUUAAAGUGAUUGGUGGUGUAAAAGAAUUAACUGGAGAAGAGUUUGGAGUGUAUGUCAAAAGGAUCUUACCUGGUGGCCUUGCUUCGAUUGAUGGGCACCUACAGCCUGGAGACCAGAUCUUGGAGGUGAAUGGGGAAAGUCUGAUCGGAGUUACAAGCGAAAGGGCUGUGGACGUUCUAAGGACUGCAUCUUCGACCAAUCAUAUGCGUCUUCUUAUAGCCAGGGAUGAGGAGGCCAGGAGGGAAUUUGCAGAACUGCUUGAAAAAUACGGCUCCAGCGGCAGCACAGGUUCCACAAGGAAUUCUCCCAUUCAGAAUGCAGGCAGAUACUUAGACAGCACGUCAUCGGGGUCCUCAUCCAGGUCUCAGAGUCCACUGCUCCUCAGUCCUGCUGGCUCUCAGAGCACAUACACCAACACAGGCAGCCUACUGCGCUCCCUCAGUCACCCAGGGGAGGGGGUCAUUCAGCUGAUCUCAGUGGCUCGUUCCUGCAGUUUGGGCAUCACCAUAGGGGGAGGUUCCAACAGACCUGACGGUCCAGCAGUUUACAUCCAGGAGAUCCUGUCUGGAGGAGACUGCCACAGGGACGGCAGGCUGAGACCGGGUGAUCAGCUAAUCGCCAUUAACAAGGAGUCUUUGAUAGGGGUGACGUACGAGGAGGCAAGGAGCCUUCUGAAUAAAGUCAAAUUCAGCCAAGAGAGUGUGGUGGAGAUUGCCUUCAUCCCUGGAAAAGGCUCUUUUCCAAACAGUUCCUCUCUACACAAUGGAGUACAGAAGGCUGUUGGGAAUGGCUGCAGCUCCAGUCGGCUAAAAGUUCACAGAUCUCCAGAGAUCCAUCCAGAAGAACGUGCCCCAGUGCCUUCCUCUUCCCCAGAGAUCUCUCCUCCAGACAUACAUGUAUCAGCCUCCUCCACCACCCAGAGGGCUGCUGCUGCUGUGGCCAAACCCAAGAUCUCACUGGACCCCCACAUACGGCUCCGCUCAGAGAAGCUUGACUUGGCCCUGUCUUACCUGGGACUGGACAUCACUGAUGAGAAGCGAAGAAAGCUGAGACAGAGCCUGACUACAGACUCUCAGGGAACUGUGUCAUAUGGAGACUUUGUGGAGGCCACACGAACUGUUUUCCAAGACAAUCUGGAGGAGGCGGGGCUAGCACAGGGACCCUUCAUGUUCUCCUACCACGAAGCAGCUAGUUUGAUGGACACCUCAGCGUUUCACUCUCCCACCUGUGAGUCAGAAUGCAGCUAUAGCAGUGAAGAACUGGAACAGUUUCAAACUGAGGUGAAGCAACUUCAGCAGCAGAUGAAACAACUGCAGGUUUUACUGAAAGACACAGAACACAGUAAGAAAGCACUGGAGGAGGAGCUUCAGAAGACCGCAGAGAAAGCCACGGCCACUGUGGAGGAGAACAAGACACUGAAGACUAAACUGGAGGUGGCGGAGGCAGUACAGAGACAGACCAACAGUGCGGAGCAAGACUAUGAGGAGGUCAUCCAGCUCCUGGAGGCCGAGAUCAAAGACCUGAAGAGCCAGCUCGCUAGCAGGAGCCAGAAGGGUCUGGAGGCCACCAAAGAGGAUGUCAUGGAGCUGAACAGAAGACUGUCCAUCAUUGACUGUCAGCUGAGGAGGUCUGAGCUGACCAGGAAACAUCUGGAGAUCUGCAAUAAGAAACUGUUAGGCUUCGCUCAGAACGUCCACAAGGUUCUCACCAAUGCCACUUUAUUUGGAAGCGAAAAUGGGAGCACAAAGUCGUCCCCGGCCACGGACAGCCCGGACACACCCUCUCCCAUCCCUGACCCGGCUUACCAGCUCGCAGCCGAGGCUAAAGAACUUGUCGACGGAGUUUGCUCUCUGUGCACUGAAGAUCAGGCAUCCCCGUGCAGUCCCGACGGAUGCAUCCUGCAGGCAGGGAAGGACUGUGUUGCGGAGUAA